AAUGAGGGAAAUCAAGAAUCAAAAUCCAAACACAGUCAUUCUACACCCUAGACUCUUUAGUAACAUUUGAUUUCCAUUGCGCUGGUUCUGAGAUUUUGUGUGAAGCCUCUUCUUUUCAGGCAGUGGAUUCCAAUACGAUGAGGGUAUAUACAUGAUGAGGAGUGCCUAAAUCUUUAUAAUAGGAAUUGGACAUCUCGACCCUCCACUGUUGCGUCAAUUGAACGAAUGCCUGUAAUUUUUUUCCUUGUCCCUGUGUUGCCCAAAAAAUAUUGUACUAUUGCUACCCACCACCUGAUACAUGAUCAUGGACGCGGUUGGCGUCGGGUCAAACCGAGGAGUAGCGAAUUGUCGGUGGUUGUGCUUCACCAAACAGACAAAAUUCACCUUGGCGCUCUGUCGGUUCCUCGACAGAGGAGAGAGAGAGCUGGAUCGCCUGAGAGAGAGGCGGCGGGCAAGAGGACGGAAACUCCCUUCUCAGAUUCUGAAUUAUCCCUUCUCCUUUUCCCUUUUUACGUCUCGAGCUCUGGUUGAUCCAUGGCGUCUGCUGGGAUUUCUUCUUAUCGAGAUCGGACGUCGGAGUUCCUUUCCUUGUCUGAAAGCCUUGGGCGAACAAACAGCCGUCCCGGCGCAUCGACUAUCGACACGCUUCACAGCAAACCCGACUCAUCCCCAUCCGCAAGCGCCCGCCGGUCGGAGUUCAACAAGAAGGCCUCCAGGGUCGGGUUGGGAAUUCACGAGACGUCUCAGAAGAUCGCGCGGCUCACGAAAUUGGCGAAGAGUUCAUCCAUGUUCAAUGAUCCAACUUUGGAAAUACAAGAGCUCACUGCUUUGAUAAAAAGUGACAUUGAUGCACUGAGUCUAGCUGUUUCUGAAUUGCAAGCCCUUCAAAAUUUUGAAUCGUCCGAUCGUGAUUUAUCCAAGGACAGCAUUGUCCACUCGACAACAAUUUGCGAUGAUUUGAAAAGCAGACUUAUGGGGACCACUAAGCAGUUUAAAGAUGUCUUGACUGCGAGGACUGAGAAUCUGAAGGCUCAUGAAUCUAGGCGACAAAUUUUUUCAGCAAACACAUCACAAGAAAACCGCGUUACACAGCAUUCAAGUAUAGUUGCAGAACCACCUCCAUGGUCAAGCUCAUUGGGUCCAUCCACAUUAUCUUCAGGUGGUGUCUCAAAUGGAAGCCAGCUGAGACGAAGAUUGGGUUCGGAUGUUGCACCACCACACAGUAUGGAGGUGCAGAUGUUACAACAGACCGUUCCACGUCAAGAUAACUACAUGCAAAGCAGGGCAGACGCUCUACAGAAUGUUGAAUCCACAAUCUCAGAACUUGGUAGUAUCUUCACUCAGUUGGCAACUAUGGUAGCACAACAGGGCGAAUUGGCUAUCAGGAUCGAUGAUAACAUGGAGGAGACGCUAUCAAACGUGGAAGGCGCGAGGAGUGCACUAUUAAGGCAUUUGAACCGUGUGUCUUCCAAUAGGUGGCUUAUGAUCAAGAUAUUUGCGGUUCUCAUAUUCUUUAUGCUUUUGUUUGUAUUUUUCGUACUGUGAACUAGAAGCGGAAAAAAAUAAAGGAAAAAAAAGAAAUCUCUCUGUCCAUUGUUGUUUUAUCUUAUUUUCUUGAAUUCAUUCGACGGAUUCUGUUAACCUUUACUGGCGGUAAUUUGAAAUAAACUAUUUUCAUCAACC